AAAAUAUUUUAGAGGGGAAUAAAAAUGUAUUGGCCCCUAUGGAAGCAGAUAGACAGCAAUCGGUUCUUCUUCUUCACAGUUCGAGGGAUCGAUCAAUCUCUUCACAGUCGUCUCUUCAAUGGCUUCCAUGGACGGUCUGGUUCCGAUAACUAGGGCUUUUCUUGCUUCUUAUUACGACAAGUACCCCUUCACUUCUCUCUCCGACGAUGUCUCUCGCCUCACGACUGAAAUUCGUUCCGUGGCCAACGAUUUGUGCAAGGAUUUCCCGCCCAUUGAAGGGAUAUAUGGACACCUAACUGGGAAAUUGACAUCACAUAUGACCGCGAAACUUGCUAAGAAGGAUCAAUUUGAUUUACAAGGAGACCCUGUUGAUGUAGAGAAGGCAAUGAACACAAAAUUUGGUCGGAGAUUGAGUAACCAUACUUAUAGGCUGCACAAACAAUUCAUGGAGUUGAAGGAGGCUAAAGGGGAGGAGUAUGCAAGAAACCACCCACCGAAGAAUGACGAUCCUACCAAGUGGAUAGAUCUUAUUGAUAAAAAGUGGAACACUAAAGAAUUUCUGGAACAAUCAAAGGCCAACAUCGCGAACAGAGAAAGGAUGUAUACAAAACAUAGGUGUGGUUCUAGGUCAAUCCCUGUUAGAGUAGAAAAACUGGCACGAGAAAAGAAGAUGCUACCUGAUCUAGCAGAGUUGUACAAGGAAACUCACUAUAAUGAGAAAACACACGAGUGGAUCUCAUCUCAAGCUCAGUGUAAUUAUGAAAAUAUGAUACAGACAUAGGCUGAUCACCUCUCACAGUCGGGAACAACCCCUUUGACUGCAGAAGAGCUAUCAAUCAAAGUCCUAAAGCCAAGGUCUGGCUAUGUGAAGGGACUUGGCAUGAGACCUUCAUCCUCUAUUAAGAGAGCCACUACCAUAUAUGCUGAAACAAAUGAUUACGUGAAGCGCCUUGAGAUGCAAAUAAAGACACAAAAGGAACAAACACAAAUGCAGAACAAUAAAAUAAAAGAUCUUGAAGAGGGUAAGAAGAAGCAAGGGGAGAUAAUGGCUGAUGUUGUCAACUUUUUGAGGACCAAAGGAUUCACUGGACACUUUGGAAGUGGAGGGAACUCAUCCACAAGUGGACAUACUUCUUGAUUGGAUUGGGGUGGCAUUUUUGACGUGCAACAAUGAUGUAAUUUGUUUGAAUGUUCAUUUUUGUUUGAUAAGGAUACACAUACAGUUACACUAGUUAUUGUUGGAUUUUUGGUGGAAUUGAACAAGUUAUAACUUUUGGAUA